GUCCCGACGCUGAUUGGACGGCGCGCGAACAGCUGGGGCCGCGCGGGCCACGCGGCCGUGGGGUGCGUCGCUCUUCGGCUAUGGCGUCCGAGCAGCCGCUCGUGGCGGUCACCUGCACCGCGCCGGUCAACAUCGCGGUCAUCAAGUACUGGGGUAAGCGAGAUGAGGAGCUGAUCCUGCCCAUCAACUCCUCUCUGAGCGUCACUUUGCACCAGGAUCAGUUGAAAACCACCACAACAGCUGCCCUCAGCAGGGACUUCACCGAGGACCGCAUUUGGCUGAAUGGCCGGGAGGAGGACAUUGGACAGCCGCGCCUCCAGGCCUGCCUGCAGGAAAUCCGCCGCCUGGCCCGUGAGCAGAGGAGCCCCGGCAGCGAGGACCAGCCGCCCCUCUGCCUCAGCGGCAAGGUCCACGUCGCGUCAGUGAACAACUUCCCCACGGCUGCGGGCCUGGCCUCCUCUGCAGCUGGCUAUGCCUGCCUUGUCUAUGCCCUGGCCCGAGUGUACGGGGUGGAGAGUGACCUCUCGGAAGUGGCUCGCCGGGGCUCGGGCAGUGCCUGCCGGAGCCUGCACGGAGGCUUCGUGGAAUGGCAGAUGGGGCAGCGGGCUGAUGGGAAGGACAGCAUCGCACGGCAGGUGGCCCCCGAGUCACACUGGCCCGAGCUCCGAGUCCUCAUCCUUGUGGUGUGUGCUGAGAGGAAGCCGACUGGCAGCACCGCUGGCAUGCGGACCAGCAUGGAGACCAGUGCCCUGCUCAAGUUCCGGGCCGAGGCUGUGGUGCCGGUGCACAUGGCAGAGAUGACCCGCUGUGUCAAGGAGCGGGACUUCCAGGGCUUUGGCCAGCUGACCAUGAAGGACAGCAACCAGCUUCACGCCACCUGCCUGGACACCUUCCCGCCCAUCUGUUACCUCAACGACACCUCCAGGCGCAUCAUCCAGCUGGUGCACCGCUUCAACGCCCAUCACGGGCGGACCAAGGUGGCGUACACAUUUGAUGCCGGCCCCAACGCCGUGAUCUUCGCCCUGGACGAUACUGUGGCUGAGUUCGUGGCCGCCGUGAGGCACUGCUUCCCCCCUGAGUCCAACGGAGACGAGUUUCUGAAGGGGCUGCCCCUGAAGCCCGCUCUACUGUCAGACGAGCUUAAAGCCUUACUGGGCAUGGACCCCACCCCAGGCAGCAUCAAAUACAUCAUCGCCACUCAGUGAUUUAUCUGCCCCCAGGUGGGGCCCGGGCCUCAAAUUGUGGAUGACCCUCAGGCUCACCUCCUGGGCCCCGACGGCCUGCCAAAGCCAGCUGCUUGACCGCUCCGGACAGGAGCCCGCUGCUGCUGGGAUGAGGACUGCUUUGCUGGGACUGGGGAGCUGGGUGUGGCGGUAGCUGGGCCAGGCUUGCUGGCCCUGUGGGCGGCUGCCCAGCACAUGCUGUGCCAGGCUGGGGCGUUGGGGUAAACUUUGGCACGGCCCAAGCGGUCAGGAGCCAGCCCCUCACCGUGUGCAUCCCCGACCUGCACCCAGCGCUUUGCCGAGAUGAGAGCUGGGAAGGGGCCAGAAUCGGAGCAGGGACCUGAGGUUGAGCCGGUGGGUGUGGGCUGGCUGGCUGGCAGGCUGCUUCAUGCAGCGACUGGCGGGGCGUCCCAGCGGGAGGAGCUGUGGGCUGGCCCUGGAAAUAAAGGCCACCUUGCUGAGCCCUG